AGAGAGGGUUAUGGGUAUACGGUUACAAAACCCUGCCCAUCCAAAACAAACAAACAUGCUAAACAGAGGCGACUCAGUGGCGGCCGGUCAAUAGGGGGCGCCGCCCCCUUAAAGUUAGCCAGAGAAGAAAGCUACUUUAAUAUGCCAACAAUAAGUUUAAUAUAUAUCGCAAAUUAAUAACCUAAUAAAAUAAUUUAGUCAUACUAUUCCACCGUUAGUCAUAUUAUCAUUUAUUAAAAAAUCAAAAUUGUAUUUUGUUCAUACGUGUGUGCGGGGCGCCGGACAAACGAGUGUGUAUGUAGGCACGAACAUUUUUGAAAAGCAUGUGAUUUGAGGCUGAGCUCUAAUUGGCUUGUUUCAAAUCGUCCCAAACCCUCCCACUUUUGUUGUAAGCGAAUCAAUAUUGUUUUUAUAUUUUUGGCCUCAUGUGAUUGGACCGUUCUUAACGCCUCUCAUUACCGCUCAGCAGAUUGUCAUUUGACUGAUUAACGUGGAAGCAAGCGAAAUUAUGUCGAGAUGAAAGAAAACUCGGUUUUAUCUUUACAAGAAUACCCGUUCCAAAGGCGUUCGGAUGAAGAAAAAAAACGGAUCAAGGAGCUUGGACCAGAUCUUACACUCGGUGCUUUUCCGGCACUUCUUAUGGAAAACGGAGUUGGCUAGCUGGAUGCGAAGUAAGUCAUGCCUUUUAUUGUUAUCCCUGUUUGCUGUUUCAAAGUCUUGGCACCGAAACGUUGUGGACAACAACAGGGGUUUGCGAUUUAAAACAUCUCUCUGAUAAGUGCAAGCGACAUGAAAGUAGCCGCAGCCAUCUUGACAACGCUAUGAGGCUCCAGUUUUUUGGGAAGCUUAGCAUUGCUGAACAGCUAGAUGUAGGCUACAGGAUUGGCAUUAGAAGGCACAAUGAAGAGGUCACAAAAAAUCGACACAUCCUGUCUAGAAUAAUAGACUGUGUAAAAUUUUGUGGCGCAUUUGAGCUGGCUUUGCGUGGCCACAAUGAGAGCGAGAGCUCAGAUAACCCCGGGAUAUUCCGUGGCUUGGUCGACUUUGUUGCUUCUCUUGAUGGAGUUUUGAAAGAGCACCACGAGAAUGCCUCUGUGUUUAAGGGAACUUCGAAAACCGUGCAGAACGAGCUGUUGGACUGUAUGUUGUCUGUUAUGAUGGAACACAUAAUCCAAGAAGCACAAAACAGCGAUUUUCUAUCAGUCCAGGCCGACGAGACCACCGAUAUUGCCACACAGUGCCAACUUGUGCUUGUGCUGCGCUACAUUGAUGGCAAAAGCAACGUACAGGAGAGGUUUUUUGCUUUUAUUCAUCUGCAUUCAACUACAGCUGAUUCCAUCGCUACAGCACUAAAAGAGCAUCUUACUGUCAUCCUUCCAGAAGAUCAGAAGAGUAAACUCAUCUCCCAAGCGUAUGAUGGAGCCAGCGUGAUGAGAGGUGCCACUGCAGGUGUUCAAAGGAAGAUUCAAGAUGUGUACCCAAAUGCCCAUUACAUCCACUGCUAUGCGCAUCAGCUCAAUCUAAUAAUGCAAAAGGCCACUUCUCACAUACCCAAAGUUAGAAUUUUUUUUCUAACCUUGGAUGAUUUGCCAGCUUUUUUUCAAGAUCAACCAAGCGCACAGAUGUUCUUGAUAAAGUACAUCUUGAUAGUUGCCCAUAGACUACCAACAUCAAGCAGUGUUAGAUGGAACUUCCACAGCCGUGCCAUCAAUACAGUGUUUGAGCACAGAGAGGGCCUCAUUCGCUGUUUUGAAACUAUUCGAGACUCAGGUGACUUUGACCCUGUUACCAGCAGAGAGGCAGGAGGCUUUGCCAUGCUGCUGGAGGAUCAGGAUUUUAAUUUUUUUCUGCAACUUUUCCACAACAUCAUGCCACACGUGGACAUCCUCUAUGCCAAACUCCAGAAGAAGGACAUAGAUUCAGUCCACAUUAAGGGGAGCAUCCAGCAGUUCCAGCAGGACAUACAGAAGAUCAGAAAUUCUCUCCAUUCUCUGGUUAACCAAAGCAGUGAAGGAGCUUCUCAACCAAAGAGGCGGCGGUCGCUUAGUCCAGUUUCCUCUAGUGGUGUGCCCUCUUUAUCUGAUUGAUAUGAAAAUGGCUGAUAAUAAAAAAAAUGCUAUUAGCGCCCUAAGCAUCAGAAGUUCAUGAAACUUGGCAUGUUUGUCUAGUCCAUAUGUAUGAAGUUUGGAUAAAUCAGGGAUUCAAACACUGAAAUUGGUCUCCGUCUCUCUAUAACUUAAAACUGAUCAUUUUAAAUGUUGCAGUUGAAAUUGACAUUUUGUCAUCACUACAUCAUGUUUGUUUUUGUCCUUCACUCUGUAGGUCUGUGACACCAUACUCCAACACACCAUGGAACGGUUCUGCUUCACAAGCCUUUGGUUUGACAAGGUUUGAACAGUACACAGUGGCGUUUCCUGAAGAUGCACUGAGUAGGACUUUGAAGGCCUAUCCAGUGCUCAAUGGGAGUAAGCUAAAGACAGAGCUUAGUCUCAUCUACUGCAAGGAAGAGUUCAGAUCUUGUUGUGGUGCUGUGGACCUACUGCAGCUGUUUAAGGAGAACAAUCUUGAAGAAGUCUUUUCAGAGACUGUCACUGUGGUGUUUCUCAACUUUGAAAAGAUACAGAGACUGUCACUGCGGUGUUUCUCAACUUUGAAAACAGUUAAGACUUUUCUGAGAAAUAGCAUGACCCAAGAGAGGCUAAAUGCAUUGGCAAUGAUUAGGUAACUAUAGUGUGUUGUUUUUUUUUUGAAUGAUUACCUUGAUUACUUCAUUACUGAUAAUAAACCCACAUUCAAUUCAAAUUCACUGAUUCAUAGUACAUUUAUUUGCAUGUAUUAACAUUGACUGUAAUAAUGCUACGUCACCUGAUUAAUGGCUAUUUAUAGUCCUGCAUUACUGACAGUUGGAUUUUCAGUUUGUUUGCGCCCCCCGCAAAUAUUUUUAGCACCAGCCUCCACUGAGAGGCGUGUAUAUGUGUUGAUGGUGAUUC